AUGGAGGAGCUCUCCAAGAAGGCUCCGGCACCAAGCUUGCUUUCGCUGUGCCUGGACACGGUCGCUGCUCGUCUCAUCAGCGACAACGCCGGCGCAGGCGGAGGCGUGGGCCGAACGGUUUGGCCAGGAGGGUGCAGCGGUCUCGGCGGGUUCUCCGAAGAUGACGGAGGGGAGUCAGACGACGACCGCCUGCAACCGGAGGAGGUGGCGGAGGGGCUUCCCUGGGAGCUUCUCCAUCGGCUGGCGUCCCGGCUCCCGCCUGUCGCACUCGAGUCACUCCAUCACGCCGCCCAUGCCCGGUGCUGCUCUUCUGCUAAAACUACUUCUGGACUUGGAGUGCAAGAUGGAGACAGACGUGGGGUGAAACGUUCAAGGUGUGAAGACUUCAACACCACUUGGCAAUUGUUGUUCAAACUUCGCUGGCCCCUCUAUGGUAACACUGGACAUAAUAACUUGGUCACUGUGGACUGGCAGCAAAAGUAUUGGGAAAAGCAUUUACAAGAGUGCUUGGAUGAAGCUGCAGAGUGUGCCUUUCUUCCUUCUUUUUGUGGGAGUAUUGGUGAGCUGAGUAUAUCAGCUAAAAUCAUGAAUUCCAUCUACCAGAGCAUGGACACAUCUCAACAUCAUUCAAGACUAGAAUAUCAAUGCAGCAAAUUUGGUUGCUAUGUGAGGUGCUUGAGACUGCAAGGUGUUCUUUGCACUGCAGAAACUUAUGACUUGUUGCAACAAUGCAAGCUGGAAAGAUUAAUGUUCAUAAGAAUUAUAUCAGACCCAGAGGUUAAUGGUGCAUGUUUGCUUCUGAGCUGGCAUGCAGAGACACUGCUUUCUCUUGAAUUCAUCCAUUGUCAGCUUUAUCCUACCGUCAUAGAUAAAAUUUGCAGGAGUUUGUUCCAGAAGGGAUCUCAAAGCCAUGGAAUCCAACGAUUUAGCAUUAAAUCUUCACAAAUCUGUGAAACCAAGCCUCUGACCAUCUCUUCUGGUCUGUUAAAUUUUUUGUCAUCUGGCAAGUCGUUGCACCUGCUGUCACUUAAUGAUACUAAGAUGCAGUCAUCACUGGCUCAGAUGAUUAUUCACACUCUUCUUGAGUCGUCAUGUGAUUUACACACGCUUGAGAUAUCAGAAAACAAUAUUGCUGGCUGGCUUUCGAAACUGAACAAAAGUUCUACAAACUCAUUAGCACUGAAAUCAGAUAUUUUUAUGAACUCUCUGUCCGUUCUUAACCUGAGGGAAAAUAAUUUGCAAAAGGCUGAUGUUGUAGAUCUUCACAAAAUUCUAAUAAAAAUGCCUAAUUUAAGAGAUUUAGAUAUAAGUGGCAAUCCAAUCAUGGAUGAAGGUAUCAGAUCAAUGAUCCCUUUCAUUUCAUGGUCUAUUCAAAAGGAAAAUCCACUUUUGAGAUUAACAGUCGAGAACUGUGAGUUGUCCAGUAUUGGUGUGAUUACACUUCUGGAGUGCCUCACAACUGUGAAGCAACCCCUUGAUGUGCUAUCUAUUGCAGACAAUCAUUUAGGGAGUUCUGUGGCAGCUGCAAUGGCCAAAUUCUUGAGUUCACAUGUAAGGGCUUUAAAUGCUACAGAUAUUGGCUUGGGAACAUUCGGCUUCCAAAUACUUGAGGAAGCAUUGCCAACAGAAGUAGCUCUUUCCCACAUCAACAUCAGUAAGAAUCGUGGUGGGAUCAGAGCAGCAUAUUUUGUUUCCAGAUUAAUAGGGCGAGCACCAAACCUUGUCUCAGUCAAUGCAGCAGCGAACCUUUUACCACCUGAAUCAUUGGAAGUCAUCUGUAACUCCUUGAAGCAAGGGACUUGUAAUUUGGAGAGAGUGGACCUGACUGGCAACAUGCAUUUAUCAAGCAGUAUUUUUCCUGCAUUCCUUGAAUUCAAGAAGCAUGGAAAGCCAAUUCUGGUAGUCCCACCAAACGUGAGCACUUGUGCUCCAUAUGAUGAUGACCCAUGA